GGACAGGCUCCACGCCGCGCGUAGGGCGGUGGGAAAGGCUGCGGGAUCGGAGCAGGGGCUGAGCUGGGCCGGGGGAACGGGACCCUCGCUGAGCAUCCUCGCAGCGCAGCGCCGGGCGGAGGCACCGCUGGCAUCCCUCGGAAGAGGCGGCUGAGAAGAGGAGGAAGAGGAGCAGGAUGAGCCGCGCGGUGCUGGCCUGGCUGGCGCUCUGCGGGAGCUUGGCGGCGCCGCGCCCCGCCCGAGCGGAUGUGUGUGACUCCAGCCCCUGCCAGAAUGGUGGCAUCUGUCUGUCAGGGCUGAGUGAUGAUUUCUACUCCUGUGAGUGUCCUGAAGGCUUCACAGACCCCAACUGCUCUAGCCUUGUGGAGGUUGCCUCAAUUGAAGAGGAACCAACCUCAUCAGGACCCUGCAUUCCUAAUCCAUGCCAUAAUGGUGGGAUAUGUGAAAUUAGUGAAGCGUACCGAGGCGACACAUUCAUAGGAUAUGUUUGUAAAUGUCCAGAGGGAUUUAAUGGGAUUCACUGCCAGCACAAUGUGAAUGAAUGUGAAUCUGAACCCUGCAAGAAUGGUGGAAUCUGUACAGAUCUUGUUGCCAACUAUUCCUGUGAAUGCCCAGGUGAAUUUAUGGGAAGAAACUGUCAACAGAGAUGCUCUGGCCCACUAGGCAUAGAAGGAGGGAUUGUGUCAAACCAACAAAUCACUGCAUCAUCCACCCAUCGAGCUCUUUUUGGCCUCCAAAAAUGGUACCCAUACUAUGCACGGCUUAAUAAGAAGGGUCUUGUGAAUGCCUGGACUGCUGCAGAGAAUGACAGAUGGCCAUGGAUUCAGAUAAACCUGCAGAAGAAGAUGAGAGUCACUGGAGUCAUAACUCAAGGUGCCAAGAGGCUUGGGAGUCCAGAAUAUGUAAAAUCUUAUAAAAUUGCAUACAGUAAUGAUGGGAAGUCGUGGACAAUGUACAAAGUGAAAGGCACAAAGGAAGAUAUGGUGUUCCGUGGGAACGUGGACAACAACACCCCUUACGCCAACUCCUUCACUCCGCCCAUCAAGUCCCAGUACAUUCGGCUGUACCCUCAGGUAUGCAGGAGGCACUGCACGCUGAGAAUGGAGCUCCUGGGCUGCGAACUCACAGGUUGCUCUGAGCCCCUGGGGAUGAAAUCAGGACACAUACAGGACUUUCAAAUCACUGCCUCCAGUGUUUUUCGUACACUCAACAUGGACAUGUUUGCUUGGGAGCCCAGGAAAGCCCGGCUGGACAAGCAAGGCAAGGUUAAUGCCUGGACCUCAGGCCACAACGACCAGUCACAGUGGCUGCAGGUUGACCUGCUCGUCCCUACAAAAAUCACUGGGAUCAUUACCCAGGGAGCUAAAGAUUUCGGUCAUGUCCAGUUUGUGGGGUCGUACAAGCUUGCCUACAGCAAUGAUGGGGAGCACUGGAAAAUAUAUCAAGAUGAGAAACAGAAGAAGGAUAAGGUGUUCCAGGGGAACUUUGACAAUGACACACACCGCAAGAACGUCAUCGACCCACCAAUCCACGCGCGGCACGUGCGGAUCCUGCCUUGGUCAUGGUACGGCCGGAUUACACUGCGGUCAGAGCUGCUGGGCUGCACGGCUGAGAACUGAGGGGGUCCCACUGCCACCAAGGGUCCCUCUGUGGAGGAAACUGUAAGCCUGUAGGAUGCUGAGUCAGUGUUCCAUGAACCAAGUGCUCACUCAUUUUAUGGUAGGCCGCUAACUGUCUUUCCCACAGAGGUCUAAGCCUGCCCUUUAAGUGAUCCAAUCCAAUUUUGUCCUUGAAAUCUGUUAGUCUUAUCCCUUCUGCUGUGGAAUUAUCUUCCUAGUUUUCCUUUGAAUUGUUCACACCAGUUGAAAUGUGUUAAGGGAAAGAAAAAAAACAAAACAGCAGCAUCCUUUUUACAAGGGAAGAGAAAUGGCGUGACAACGCUCAUUUGCAGCUUUAGGAACAUUGGGCUCAUGAGUUCUCCAUAAAUCAUACUGUCAUCUUACUUGCAAAAAGUGAUACUGCAGCUUUUAGCAAUAAGUUUACUUGGGGAUGACUGCAUUAUAGUAAUUGUGCCUAUCAAACACUGUCAGUAUUUAUGACAUAUAUUUUGGAAGAUACUCCUUGGUACUGUAGAGCACAGUACCUGUGGUGUUACAAGCUACCUUUUAUCACUUUCAUCUGGACAGCAGAGUCCAUGCACCUGGAGGGUUUUCCUGAUUAACCCCAUUUUCCUCCUCUGUUUUGCAUGCUAUAAAACACAACCUCCAUCUUUUCCGUUUAGUAUCACUGAUGAUGUUGUUUUUCCUUGUCAGAGGUCACCUGUUUGCAUAUGUAACCAAAUCUGCUCUCAGUGUAUUAUGAAAUUAAUGAAUUUGCCAAAGUUUAUUCAAUUCUGCUUGAGAUGUGCUUUUUCAAGGAGGCAGAGAUGAGACACCAUGCUACUCGUGGCGUCUCAUCUUGGAUGCCCACAUAGGUAAAGGCACACGGCGCAUCAGAAAUCCCAUUUCAUUACUUGCCCUGGGUGACCACACAGCCCUAGACAAAGCUGCCCACCCAAUUACUGCUUUUCAGAAUCCCCCUGAAUUUCUGUGAGGAGGAAAAUAUGAGGUGGAGGAACCAAGUGCUAAAAGACACACAGGAGGAAUGAUUCCCUUAAUGCCAGGAAAAUGUUCCCCUUGGGCUUUUCUUAAGGUCACAACCUUCCGCCUGGAAGGUGAGAGGUGUCGUAGGACUGUGUAGGAAAGCUUACCCCUUGUCACCCUCCACUCCUACAAAAGUUCUUUCAGACACAGACCAGUGAACCACAGGGAGGCUGUUUCUGCCAUGCCCCAUCUACUGAAAUGCUUUGCACACUCUAUGUUGGUUUAGGAGUGUUAUAGCAACCCCACUUUAAAAGUUUAGUAGCUUUUAGAAGGAAAAAUGGAGCAGAAGAGGGGAUGUUCUCUCUUAUGUCGUAAUUUCCCCCGCUGAUGGAGGUAACAAUACCAACCUUUGAAGAGCUGUCCUAGUUUCCUUGGAGUAAAGUGCUCUGUGACUAUGUAAAAGGAUCACCUAAGU